AUGGGAUCGGGGGUGGAGGUCGCUGCUUCUCGCUCCACCCACCACCACCACGUGUUGCGGUAGAGGUCGCCGGCACGCGUGCGUGGGCAGUCUCGCGUUGCGUGCCCGCGUGCACUCGUGCUGCGUUGUCGAGGUUGGCCCCUGCGAGCUCUUGGAUAGUCAACGACGUGCGACGGGAUCAGACCCUGGACAUGGACGGCGUGGAGGCAGCGCAGACGAAGGUGCAGGAUGCCGUGAAUGGCAUGGUGGACAAGCUGGAGAGGGAACACAUCCGUAAAAUGCAGGCACGCAUGUUCCGCUGCAGUGCAGAGUGCUGUGAAAACAGCGCAGCGUCAAUGUCGGCUGUACACCAUUGUAUCGAGAGAUGCCAUGCCCCUCUGGUGCAGGCCCAGAGCAUUGUCACCAAUGAGCUGGAAAGGUUUCAGAACCGCUUGCAACGCUGUGCAAUGAGCUGCAGUGACAAGGCCAAGGACUCGUUUGACUCGGGGACCAAGGAGCAAGUCGUAAAACAGCAGCUGGAGUCAUGUGUGCGCGCUUGUGCAGAUGAACACCAAGAUCUCAUCCCCAAUGCGACUCGUCGAUUACACGACACUCUAUCAUCCUUGCCACAGUAACUGUCCUCACCAGAUGAAAAUGUGGAGGAAGAGCAGUCGGUGAACUUGCUGUUUGGAGAGAAGAUAUGAAAUCUGAAAUAUUGUAUGACAUUGCUAGGGUAGUGAGGGUGGCUUGCACUCAGGCUAUUGGUGCAUGUACAAAUACAUUAUUUUACCUAAAUAUGAGCUGACUUGUCAACAGCUUUUGCAACAUAUUUUUUACAUAUGUUGUGGUUGUUGGAUACUGUGUGUGGUUUAUUGUGUUAAGUCUAAUGUUAAUGACUUGGGCCCUGACAGUUAUUACAUUUUCUUGACCUAUAGGAUGAUUGAAAAUGAAAAUUACACUGUCAAUAAAGGAGAAUGUGAAAUUA